AUGGAGACUGCGGGCCCGGCGCACCGCGGCGCCGUGAGGGAGCUGAGACUACAUGUAGUUACCUGGAAUGUGGGAACAGCUUCUCCACCGCCUGAUGUCACUAGUUUACUUCAGCUCAACUCACUGGGCCCAACUAUGGAUAUGUAUAUUAUAGGCUUACAGGAGGUGAACUCAAGAAUCACAAACUUUCUGUCCGACUUGGCAUUUGAUGACCCAUGGAGCAUUUUUUUCAUGGCUGUAUUGUCUCCGUUGGGAUAUAUCAAGCUCUCCUCCGUUCGCAUGCAGGGAUUGCUGCUUCUGGUCUUCGUGAAGCACGUCCACCUGCCUUUCGUACGGGACGUUCACACCCACUACACACGCACGGGCCUGUAUGGAUACUGGGGGAACAAAGGAGGAGUCACCGUUCGCCUGUCCCUCUACGGUCAUACAGUUUGUUUCAUGAACUGCCACUUGCCAGCUCACAUGGAGAACACAGAGCAGCGACUGGAUGACUUUGAGAAAAUUCUGGAAAUGCAGUUCGAAGGAGAGAAUAUUCCAAGUCCCUUGGAUCAUGAUGUCCUCUUCUGGUUUGGAGAUCUAAACUUCCGGAUAGCAGAUUAUGGCAUACAUUUUGUCCGAGAAUCAAUAAAUAACAAGCGUUACAAUCUGCUGUGGGAAAAGGACCAGUUAAAUAUGGCAAAAAAGAAGGAAGCAUUUCUUCAGGAAUUCCUAGAGGGUCCUCUGCAGUUUAAACCCACCUACAAGUUUGACCUUUAUUCGGAUGUAUAUGAUACCAGUGAGAAGAAAAGAAAGCCAGCAUGGACCGAUAGAAUUCUUUGGAGAGUGAAAAAUCUCUGCCAGCAUGAAUCAAAAGGCGACUUCUCUGAAGAAGAACAGACAAUUUCUGUUACUUUGAAUAACUAUAUCAGUCACAUGAGCUAUGGCAUCAGCGAUCACAAACCUGUUACAGGAACUUUUGGGCUUGAGUUGAAGCCUCUUCUGUCAGAUCCUUUGGUCACGCUGAAUCCUGAGGGCGAGUGGAGUGCGGAGCAUGAUGUUCUAAUCAGCUAUUCUGCAGUGCCUGACUUCCCAAGCAGUGCUUGGGACUGGAUUGGACUCUUCAAGGUGACUUUCAGGCAUGUGAAUGACUAUGUUACUUAUGCUUGGGUAGAAGAUGAUGAAAUUUCUUCUAACAAAGACAGUAAACAAGUUUACAUGAGUGCUGCAGAAAUACCUGAUACGGGAGGAGAAUUUUUGCUUUGUUAUUAUAGCAAUAAUUUGCAUUCGAUAGUUGGUAUCAGCCAGCCUUUUCAGAUCCAGCCUAACAGAACGUUAAUAGAAAAGGAUUUGACACAGGAAGAGAACAGUUGGAGGCAGAAACCUGACAAUCUGGAAUCGCAUGAUGAGUUCUGA